AGCCCGUCCAGAAGGUCUCGCGUUGCGGAUGUUUUUCCCGCUACCAUUUUAGGCGGUUGAGGACGUUGCCUGUUAGGGCAUGAAAGCGUUCGUAAUUCCGCCGUGAAGUUCACCAUAUUUUGAGUCCGAAGCCUAAGUCUUCAUCAAUGGGAGGGGCUCAAUCCGAAAGGGAGGAGAAAGUGUCUUUGGAGCUAACCGAAGAAAUCCUUCAAAGCAUGGAAGUCGGCAUGACAUUCAGAGACUAUAAUGGUAGAAUCAGUUCAAUGGAUUUUCACAGGACUUCAAGCUAUCUGGUGACUGCGAGUGAUGAUGAAUCCAUCCGACUUUAUGAUGUUGCCAGUGCAACAUGUUUGAAAACAAUAAACAGCAAAAAGUACGGGGUUGAUCUGGUUUGCUUUACUUCUCAUCCUACAACAGUGAUAUAUUCUUCAAAAAAUGGGUGGGAUGAGUCUCUGCGGCUUCUCUCCUUGAACGACAAUAAGUACCUGCGGUACUUUAGAGGUCAUCACGACAGAGUUGUAUCACUCAGCUUAUGCGCUCGCAAAGAAUGCUUUAUAUCUGGGUCUCUUGAUCGAACUGUUUUGCUUUGGGAUCAAAGGGCAGAGAAAUGCCAGGGUCUUUUACGUGUACAAGGAAAGCCAGCUACAGCAUAUGAUGAGCAAGGUGUGGUUUUUGCCAUUGCCUUUGGAGGUUACAUAAGGAUGUUUGAUGCUCGCAAAUAUGAGAAGGGUCCUUUCGAUAUAUUUUCUGUUGGGGAAGAUGUAUCUGAUGCAAAUAUUGUAAAGUUCAGUAAUGAUGGGAGACUCAUGUUGUUGACGACUUCAGAUGGGCAUAUUCAUGUUCUCGAUUCUUUCAGAGGAACACUAUUAUCUACGUACAAUGUAAAACCCAUUUCAAGGAAUUUGACGUUGGAGGCAUCUUUUAGUCCGGAGGGAAUGUUUGUGAUAUCAGGUUCGGGAGAUGGCAGUGUUUAUGCUUGGAGUGUAAGGAGUGGAAAAGAGGUUGCAAGCUGGAUGAGCACUGAAAUGGAGCCUCCUGUCAUAAAGUGGGCUCCAGGAAGUCUAAUGUUUGCAACGGGAUCUUCUGAACUGUCGUUUUGGAUACCUGAUUUGUCUAAAUUGGGAGCUUAUGUAGACAGAAAAUAGAAAUCUUCUGAUUUGCAUCCACGUUUAACAAGGUGGAAGUGACCCCUCUCAUCAAUUCAUGGAGAAAAUGCCAACCUGUAGAUACCAUCCUCUUUCUAAAACCAAUUGGCUCAGUGAGGAUGUACAAUAGAAAGUGAGCAGCAGCUAUGAAUUGUAUAAUUGGUUAUCUAGAUAAGAACAAGGUCCCAAUAGUUGUUAUUGGUGCUCAAGCUGCCUCAUAAAAAUGCUUGAACUUUUAACUAGCUUUCUCCCAUAUAAUAUAUCCAAAAAAAUGUAUAUCAUGGAAGGAAGACCCUUCUUAAACGUAUACAUAGUUAUGGAAUCAAUAUGUUGCUCACAAUCCUAAUGUUGAUGUGAUGUGAAAGCUAGCUCCCAAAAUUUCUUGGUUAA